GACCGCGGGAGGAAGGAGGGCAGCAGCAGUAGCAGCAACAAUUUCCCGCUGACUUGGCGGCGGCUCUCGGGCGGGCAGUACAGCCUCUUUCCCCCCCCCCCCCGUCUCCCUCUCUGUGUCUGCCUCUCCUCCAAGCGCCUCCGUCGGUCGGUCACUCGGCUUCGGCCGCGCCAUUUUAUAGCUUUGGAGGUGUUGAGCUGCAGGUGAAAGGGACAGACCGGUGGCAUGGAGAAAUACGAAAAGAUCGCCAAGAUCGGCGAGGGCUCUUACGGCGUGGUGUUCAAGUGCAGGAAUAAAGACACCGGCCAGAUCGUGGCGAUUAAAAAGUUUGUGGAGUCUGAGGAUGAUCCGGUUAUUAAGAAGAUCGCUCUCCGAGAGAUCCGGAUGCUGAAGCAACUCAAACAUGCCAAUCUUGUCAACUUGAUUGAGGUGUUCAGAAGAAAACGAAGGCUUCACUUAGUUUUUGAGUACUGUGAUCACACCGUGUUAGAUGAAUUGAACCGAUACCCCACAGGGGUACCAGAUCACUUAGUGAGGAGAAUUACGUGGCAAACACUGCAAGCUGUGAACUUUUGCCAUAAGCACAAUUGUAUACAUAGGGAUGUAAAACCAGAAAAUAUCUUAAUUACAAAACAUCACAUCAUUAAACUUUGUGAUUUUGGUUUUGCCAGGAUAUUAACUGGUCCAGAAGAUUACUACACAGAUUACGUAGCAACUCGUUGGUAUCGCGCCCCAGAGCUGUUGGUUGGGGAUACACAAUAUGGCCCUCCAGUGGAUGUUUGGGCAAUCGGCUGCCUUUUUGCAGAAUUGUUAUUUGGAGCCCCCUUGUGGCCAGGAAAAUCAGAUGUUGAUCAGCUUUAUCUGAUUAGAAAAACACUAGGGGAUUUGAUUCCUCGGCAUCAACAAGUCUUCAGUUCAAACCAGUUCUUCAGUGGAGUCAGCAUACCAGUGCCUGAUAUGGUGGAACCUUUAGAAAUGAAGUUUUCAAAUAUUUCACAACAUGCUCUUGGAUUAAUGAAGGGGUGUUUACAUAUGGAUCCAGCUGCUCGUCUAAACUGUGAACAGUUGUUGGAUCAUCCGUACUUUGACAGUCUCAGAAAAGAACUGGAAAUGAGCAAGCAAAAAGCUCUGAAAAGGCGUGUGAAACCACCACGUAGAAAUGCUCCAGCAUUGCAGUACUUACCACAACUUACCAGCAGCAAUAUACCUCCAUCCAUGGAAAGCAAGAAGUACUUCAAGCAGAAAUAUAAUUACCAUCUACCAAAUAUUUAAACAAGUGGCAAUAACGUACCAAGUUACAAAAGAUACGAACUGAAGACACCUACCUGAAGAAACCAAGUGUCCAAAAGAGGUGUUGAGUUUUUAAACUUUUUGGUGGGGACAAUAAAAUGGAGACGUGUGUAAUAGUGUUACCCAGCCUGAGAUUGUAUGCACUUUCUUUAUUAAGUUCAUUAUUUUUCUUUGUGUGUUUAAAAUGAAUGAAAUGAGCAUG